AAUUUCACCAUGAUAACUGACGUGCAGUUAGCUAUUUUUGCCAAUGUGUUGGGAGUUACCUUAUUUUUACUAGUGGUUUUGUACCACUAUAUUACUGCAAACGGUUCAAAGAGUGCGUUAUAACAUGGAUCUGCUACAUUUUGAGAAAGCAUGUACAAAAAAUAAUUCCUGGGACUCUGUGUGAUAUGAAGAACUGGAUCAAACCAGCACGGCACAACUGGUUGCUAUGGGAGUGAAGCACCUCGGCACACGGUACACCUCUUCAUCAAUUACAUUGGGCCUUUUAAGUUUUAGCUGGUUCCAUUUUUCUCCAUGUUAUUAAACUUAAUUACCAUUAGUAUAAGAAGCAAGCAGAGCCCCUUAAAAAUGUGUAUCUAAAUUCCUCUCCAAAUUGCUUUUGGAGCCAUGAAUUUUUUAUUUAGUGUUGUGUCGUGUGAUUAUUUUUCUGUUGUGUGUGAAUUUCUGAAAAGGUUCUCUAUAAAUUAAUUUUAAUAAAUAUAAGCUACUAUGAAAUGAAGAUAUUAUAAAUGAAUAAAUUUUCCUCACUUCUA